GACACAGAAAGCGGUACCCUGUAUCACUCAAACAGAAUCAUACAUUGAUGAAAACAUAUAUAUUUUCAACAUCUCGUAACGAUAUCAACUUGUGUAGAGACUCGGGUAACACAAUGCUCAUAACAAAUUAACAGCUUACAGAUAUGUUCAUCUCUCCUUUUUUUAUUCGAAAUAAUGAUUGUUCGAUUUAACAUUGAAUAUUAAGAAGAGCUGAUAAUAAUGCACGGACAUCGGCGUUACAGAAGAUAAGCUAUUCCAUACUGUCGCAACCGGUUUCAUCGGACGUGAGGGGCAAGACUCAUCAAUCGAUCAUUGAAUUCCUAGAACUGAGCUUGGCAACACUCUACUUCGUAUUCUACAACCUUGAUAACUUCAUUCAAGAUGCUCACCAGUCCUUUAAACCUGCCCAAGUGGCUCGAAGAGAACUCUCAUCUCUUGAAGCCUCCCGUUAACAACUACUGCGUGUACAAUAAAGAUGUGACGGUUAUGAUUGUAGGAGGCCCCAAUGCACGAACCGACUAUCACAUAAACGAGACCGCAGAAUGGUUCUACCAGUACAAGGGAGCUAUGAUGUUGAAAGUGGUAGACGAAGGCGAAUUUAGGGAUAUUAUUAUUGGGGAGGGAGAGAUGUUUCUCUUGCCACCAAAUACGCCGCAUAAUCCUGUGCGAUUCGCAAAUACUGUGGGUAUUGUUCUAGAGCAACCUAGGCCACAGGGUUCGUUAGAUAGGUUGAGGUGGUAUUGUACAAACUGUCGCGAGGUGGUGGAGGAAGCUUCUUUCCAUUGCACAGACUUGGGCACGCAAAUCAAGGAAGCUGUGAAUAGCUUCAAGGACAGUGAGGCUAGGAGGAAAUGUAAGAAAUGCGGGACAGUGGCAGAAUCAGCGCCUCCGGUAGGAUCUAUCAAGGACCCAAAUAUCGCUUGAUUGAUGCAAAAAAAAAGGAAUAAUGAAAUAACAAAGUCUUUCGCAUG